CAGUGCUGCCAGACCCCCCGCCAUGGGUCAAGCCGCGCAUGUGUAAUGGAUGGCAAAUACAGUUAUGUGUAUUAUGGGCGCUUAAUUUUGGCGGGCCCAGUACUCUCAGUACAGAGGAUAUCUCAGUAGUAUUUUUGCCAAAUAAAAUAUUUUUCUUAAUUACAGAAAAAUGUGUACUUUUUAUCAUUAUGUGAACAUUCUACUCUCUACUUAUCCACGCACACCUGAGUGUGUAGUCACAAGAGUCUACAGAUUUGUGAUACGUUACUGUAUUUCAACUCGUAAGCGCAUGCGUCGGCCUACCGUGCCGGGCAACCCGGCAAAAUCUGGCAGCUCUGUCUCCCCGUACCCAGCCACUGUGCCUUGCUGGAAAGCACACGUAAACACCCUCUAUUGGUCGAUAUAUCCCGUCGAUACGCUUAGCGCAGUUGCGUGUCAAGCUUCCGGUCGCGCGUGCGCGCCGGUGCUGCGAACUCCCGCGCGGACCCUGGCACAUUACUCGCUGUUGCUCGCUCGCUUGGUGGAGAAGAGGAGACAUUUCGGCGACAAUCAGCGUAUCGACCGAGCACACUCAUCGAACCUUUGUCAUCCUGGUGUCGUGCGGCGUGUCGUCCGCGAUCUCUCGCGGAGUUACGACAGAUUAAAAAUGGAAUUAUCAUCAGAGAUAUUGGACCGCUUGGUUAUCGAUAACAAGGACGUCAUGGAGGUAUUAAAAGACGGAAAUGUUACAGAAGAAGAUAUCAUAUUUGAGUCUGAAGAUGUCAACGAAGAUGCCGAGGAAAUAGAAGAAAUUAUAGAGAUAAUUGAAGAAGUUGAAGAAGAAAUCGACGAGACGCCUCCAAAUGACGAUGUCUUGGACAGGUCGACGGAUGCGAAAGAUACUGAAACAGUUGAAAAGAGAAAUGGCAAGACAACAAGUAAAAAUAUAGAGAUUUACAGUUUUGAUGAGGAAAAUUCAAUGUUUACCUCUCAAUUCGACAAAGAAUCGAUCAAGAAUGUAAAAAAUAGUACACAGAAAACCGCUAAGAAGCAAGUUAUAAAUUACGAUGUUGAUGAGGAUUGGCAGGACGAGGAGCCGGAACGCACGGAUGGAUUAGAUUCCGAAUCGGAUAGUCGUGUGAGCUCUGUACGGACGCAGGCUGAUAAGAAGAAUGUAAAUAAUCAAACUAUUCUACUUCAAUCAAACAGAUUAGAUUUAAAGAUCCACGUGGACUCUGCGGGAAGCAGAGUGGAUAAAUCUCGAAAUGAUGGUGGAAAUAAAGCAAAUAGUAUUGAAGAUGACAAUGAGAUGACUCAAGAGAUAGUGAAAAAUACGGAGAAUAAUCUGUUGUACACUGUGCUUGGGACAAAGAAGCAAGAUUCUUCCACUAAGCAACAACAAGCAAAACUUAAUGAUCAUUAUGUUAAAAUGGAACGACUUGAGGCAAAUACUAUACCAGUUGAAGGUACUAUUUACUACGAAGGAGAUAACAUGGAGACACUGUACGUAGCGCAAGCCGUCGACGACAAUGAGCAAUAUCAGUAUGAUAAUGCGACGAUGGAGCAAGAUGAGCAAAUGUCCUGGGAAGUCGCGAAUCCUGAGACCAAUCAAAAUCAAGAGGAAGAUAGCUCUCAAGAUCAAAUAUUUUUGCAUGAGGAUGAGGAUGGUCAAUUGUAUUUCAAAGAUGCUAAUGGAAUUUUACAACCUGUAUACUUAACUGAGGAUGGAAAUUACGCAAUUGCUGAAAGUGGCAAUGAUAACACCAAUAAAGAAUCGCAAUCAAAGUCUCAUCAGAACAGCAGCACAAUUGACGAGGAAACCUUUAUUUUGCCUGAUUUAGACCCCAAAUCUAAUAAACAGACAAUUAGUAAUACGGUAUCAUCGUCGCUUCAAGAUUUCGAUAAUGAGGACAAUACUGUAACGAUAUCCUUGAUAAUAUCAGAAGACGAGAAUGGACAAAAGAGAACUCAAGUCAUAAUACCAACGACGGACAAUUUGAAAUGUGACAUCUGUAACAGAAGUUUUAAAACAUCUUUCCAAUUACUCAGGCAUAACAGACUCAAGCAUGCUCGAGAAGAAGACAUAACUACAAGAAACUUUCCUUGUGACUCAUGUCCUAAAAGGUAUCCAGAUCAAGGUUCGCUUGCCCGCCAUCGAAAGACUCAUACCGGUGAUCGACCGUUCCAAUGCUUGGAAUGCCACAAAAAUUUCCCCACGUCUACAGCGCUACGCCGUCAUUUGACAUUGCACAAUUCUCAAUCACGACCGCUUCCUUGCAUUUACUGCGGUCGGCGGUUCAUGGACAAGUCCAGUUUAGCGAAACAUGAAGAGUCACACAUGCCUAACGAUCAACGCAAGUACACAUGCGAUAUAUGUCAAAAGACUUUUCAUCAUAUGACUGACCUAAGUAUGCACAAAAAGCAUCAUGAUCCUGACAAGAAAUUCGAUUGCGAGGUAUGCGGUCGCGAGUUCAAUAGAUUGAACAAUCUACAAAGACAUAUGCUGGUGCAUCAACAACAGCAGGGAGGAAAUGAGGAAAUACUUUCUUGCGAUGUGUGUGGAAUUACGUACAAAUUCAUGAGUUCAUUAACGAGGCAUAUGGUGACCACGCAUAUGAAUCCUGAGAAACUGCGACAGCAGGCAGAAGAGCAGCGGAGGAAACGCGAAAACAAUUACCGAAAGUAUCUAGAAAAUCGAAAGAUGUAUGAAACUCAGAAUUAUGGUACAAAACGUAAAUAUAAUUUACUCGCUGGAGACAACGACGAAACAGCCUGAUUUAAAUUUUUUUGUAGUCUCGUGGCAGUUUCGUAAAGUACAUAUAAUUUAUGUGAAAAUAAUGUAUGUUAUUAAUCUUUAUAUCAUUGAUGUAAUGAUAAGAUAUGCAUUUAAUUUAAUAAGUAAUUCAGCGACAUAUAAUUGCAAAAUAUGUGUAGAAGUUUCAAUUAGCACAUAAUUAUAUAUUAUAUAGUAUA